AAAAACCAAGCAUCUUACAGCACACCUCCACUCACCUUCAAAACCAAUAUCCCUCUCUAUAUAUAUAGCAAUCGAAAAUAGGGUUCUCAUCGGUCUCGAUUGCGGUCAACAAUGGCGUUCAGGCUCAGCUCCGGUGACGUCACCGGGUUCAAGGUAUUGUUCUCCAUGGCGAUUAUGUACGGACUAAUGGCUGUGCUGGUCUAUUCCAUUGUCCACAUGCAUUUCAUCACGCCCCUGGGGAUCGAUGCCCCUCUCGAUCGCUUCUCUGAGGGAAGAGCUCUCCAACACCUCCGAGUGUUGUCCCAGGAGAUUGGCAGCCGCCAAGAAGGGAGUCCGGGUUUGAAAGAAGCUGCUCGGUAUAUUAAAGCACAAUUGGAAGUGUUGAAGGAGAGAGCUGGUUCCAAUAUUAGGAUUGAGAUUGAGGAAACUAUUGUUGAUGGCUCCUUCAACAUGAUAUUUUUAGGAUAUAGCAUAUCUUUGGGGUAUAGAAAUCAUACAAAUGUUAUCAUGAGGAUAUCAUCUGUAAAUUCGCAAGAGACUGAUCCAUCAGUUUUAUUGAAUGGCCAUUUUGAUAGUCCGCUUGGUUCUCCGGGUGCUGGUGAUUGUGGUUCAUGUGUUGCAUCAAUGCUUGAAAUGGCAAGACUUACUGUUGACUCUGGCUGGGUCCCCCCUCGUCCCAUUAUUUUUCUUUUUAAUGGCGCUGAAGAACUUUUUCUGUUGGGUGCACAUGGAUUCAUGAAGACACAUAAAUGGAGUGAUACAAUUGGAGCUUUUAUAAAUAUUGAAGCAUCUGGGACGGGAGGUCUUGAUUUAGUCUGCCAAUCUGGACCUGGGUCUUGGCCUUCCCUUGUAUAUGCUCAGUCUGCAGUAUACCCCAUGGCACAUAGUGCAGCUCAGGAUGUUUUCCCUGUGAUUCCUGGAGAUACAGAUUAUAGAAUAUUUGCUGAAGAUUAUGGUGACAUUCCUGGGCUAGAUAUUAUCUUUCUUCUUGGUGGUUAUUUUUAUCAUACCUCCUAUGAUACAAUGGAGAGACUAUUACCUGGAAGCAUUCAAGCGCGUGGAGAAAAUUUGUUAAGCAUAACAAGGGCCUUUGCUAAUUCCUCUAAGUUAUUGAAUGCUCAUGAACGAGAAUCUCUUAAAGUUGCUGCCAAUGAACCCAAGGAUGAGCGAGCUGUUUUCUUUGAUUAUUUAUCAUGGUUCAUGAUAUUCUACUCAAGAAGGGCAGCUGUGGUGCUUCAUACUAUUCCAAUUGCUAUCUUCCUUCUUAUGCCAUUUCUUCUGUUUGUAUUGAAUAUCGGAAAACGUACUUGGUUUUCAACAUUCUAUGACUUUUUUAAAGGAUUACUGCUCCAUACUAUUGGAGUUGUGCUGGCAGUUGUCGUUCCAAUUGUCUUUGCUAUCCUGAGAUUGUUGUUUUCUAAUCAUGCAAUGAGCUGGUUUGCUCGCCCUUACCUUGCUUUCAUGAUGUUUAUUCCCUGCUCACUUGUUGGUGUUUUGAUUCCAAGAGUUGUUUGGAGAAGUGUUCCCCUCACACAUGGUGUUUCACGUCUUCAAGCAUCAAAGGAGGGACUAUCUGAUGAUCCAAGGUUCUGGGGGGUGUUUGGGUUUUAUGCUCUGUUGACCUUGGCCUAUCUUGUAGCUGGAUUGAGUGGAGGUUUCUUGACUUUUUCUCUGUCAGUUUCUAUGCUUGCUGCAUGGAUCUCAUUUCACUUUGCAGUCAAGCUUUUUGAUUGUCAAUCACUUAGAUCAGCAAUGUGCUACGUGUUACCUCUAAUACCCUGCAUCACGUACUCUGUCUACUUUGGUGGGUUUCUUGCCCAAUUCUUGAUUGAGAAGAUGGGUAUGAUGGGUUCUAUCCCACCCCCCUAUGGAUAUUUCAUUCCGGAUAUUAUAGUGGCAGCAGUAAUAGGAUUAGUAACCAGUUGGUGUGUGGGCCCGCUAAUACCUAUUUGUGGUCACUGGCUUGCCAGAUCAUCCAUCUUGAAAUUCUUGUUGCAGCUUAGUGUGCUUGCCUUGGCUCUGUCAUCGCAGUUCUUUCCUUAUAGCAUUGCUGCUCCUAAGAGGGUUGUUUUUCAGCAUACAUUCCUAACUGCAGAUGCAAGUCGGGUAGUAGGCUCCAGUUAUGAUUUUUCUGUGGUUGAUUCCAAUUCUUUGCCUUUUCUUUUUGAACAUGCCCCCGAAGUGGCAAAGGAACUAAACAUGGGUUCAGAGUUGUCAUUUAAAGCCACUAAGGACUCUCCUCGACAGACUUGGAUGGUGCUCUUUCCAGUAUCUUUCUUAUUUUCAGGAAGCUUGAAGUUCCCUGCAAGAAGUGAUGAUAUGUUGAAACACUACAGCUCUUUUCCCCAUUUGUCUGCUUAUAAGCCACAUACGCUUUAUGAUGGGGGAUCUCGUAGGGUUCAUUUAGAAUUUUACUUAGGUUCUUUAGAGGAGGUUUGGGUUUCAGUCCUUAACAUUACUGGUCCUUUAUCCAGUUGGUCAUUUGCAGAUAAUGUACUUCCUGCUCCUGAAUCACGUGGUGGUGGUCCACUUUCAUACAUUUGUAGACUCAGUGGAGCUAGCCAUGAGAAUUGGACCUUCUGGUUGGAGGCUAGCAGUUCUGAAGAGAUAAGGGUGGAAGUUGCUGUAUUAGAUCAAUAUAUGGUGGAUGCAGCAAAGAAGUUAAAGGGCCUUUUUCCGAGCUGGGUGGAUGUUACUGCUUAUUCAAGCUUUUUGUCUAGUUAUGUCUUCUAAGUCUCCAUUCAUACAGGUUUUUUCAGGUAACCUCACAAAAAUAAAGAGGUGACCUCUGCUUUUAUUGUGAGCAACAGCUUUUCCAUGAGACGGUACAAUAUUGGCAAUGUGAUUUGAUUUGAAUCUC